CGCGUGACGACAACAUCUCCAACUUCACCUUUUCUUCUUUGCCUCGUAAGCAGCCAUCCAACAUAAAAUACAAUCCUACAAUAACCAUGGAAAAAAUACCUCUCAACUACCAGGCCUCCGAAGGCGAUAUCCAAAAGCAAACAACAAGCACGCUUCCCCAGGAAGUCGUCCAAUGCCUUGAAAAUGCCCGCUUCCUUCAUCUCGCUACAUGUACAGAUAACGUCCCCCAAGUAUCGUUAAUGAACUAUACGUACCUUCCGACGUCGCCGCACUCUUCGUCACCCGUCAUCGUCAUGACUACGAACCCUUCCUCCCGCAAGACAACAAAUAUCAUUGCCAACCCCAACGUCUCCCUCCUCGUCCACGACUGGGUCUCGCAUCGUCCACUAAACCAAGGCCGCCGACCAUCUGGCGGCUCUCCCGGACCCGAACAUCGAUCUAGUCUUGCUUCUCUACUUCUCAACCUGAAUUCCUCGGCCAUGUCAAGCAUUAGCGCCACGAUAGGAGGCGCGGCGCGUCUUGCUGAACAUGGAUCCGACGAAGAAAAAUACUAUUACACACAGCACCUAGAGAACAAUACCUUUGACGACGACCAGCCUCUGUUUCAGCAGCCUGAGGGACAGGGAGCAUCGGAUCGACUGAUUAGCGGAGAGGAAGUGCGUGUUAUCGUGGUGGAUAUCAAGAAUGUCCGUAUUAGCGAUUUCAAAGGCAGUGUCCGUGACUGGGCCCUGGAGCCUGCUGCUGCUGCUGUCAAUGGCACCGUCUAGUGUACUAUUACCUAUUACCAAAUUGAACCGUAUGCGUGGUGCGGAUUCGUCUAUUUCGAACUCCCUUUGCUUCGAUUGUUUUCUUCUGUAGCUGUGUGUAUGUCCAUCGUCGCUUACAUCUGUGGGUGACUUUGGUCGUUGCAAGCCACUGUCGGUAGCUCCGCAAGCUCCGUAGUUUCAAUUUCCUGUAAUUUUCAUUUCCAACUACGGAAUUAAUUAUUAAUGGCACUAUUACAACGGAUUUUAGAAAAUUUCUUCUCCAUAG